AUGCCUUUGACAGUCCUAACAGACGCAGAGGUGAAGUCUCUGCUUUUGACCUUAACGAAACAAGACAUAGAGGAUCUACAGGGAAGUCUUGCAGAGGCCUUACACUCAUAUUCCACAGGAGACACAAAUUCGCCCUGUGCAUCGUCCUACCAACCACAACGGACCGUAAUCAAAAAGCGUGGCGUCACUACAAUCUUUUCGCCAGCAUCGACAGGCACUUCUGUGGGAAUGAAAAUUGUCUCACUUGAAAAAUUGGAAAGACGCUCGAGCAAGAAAUCCUCGAUUUCGUCCCAAACAGGAAGUGUAUCUGGCUCGUCCUCUCUGAGAUCAACCACUAGCGAUCUUGCAUCGAUGAGCCUGAGUCCUGCGCAGACCACUUCGUCCUCAGGCAGUAGAGACUCAAUUGAUGGUGCGAGUUUUCAGCCUCCAGCAUCUAUUUCUAGUAACCAAAGCACCACACCAAAAGGCUCGGUCACAAUACUCGACUCUUCCGGGAAUCCUAUGGGCAUAGUCAACGCUGAAGAACUGACGGCCUUCAGGACCGCCCUAGCUGCGACCAUGCUGGUGAAAAAGCGGAAUGUUGUGCACACCGUCACGGUUUUUGGAGCCGGAAAACAAGCCUAUUGGCAUAUCCGACUAGCACUCCUUCUCCGGGGUGACGAAAUUAAACAUGUCAACAUCAUCAAUCGCUCUUUUGAGCGCUCAAUCAAAUUGAUGAAAUCGUUUCAGGUCACCGACGACUCUUUCGAUAAAUGGCGCAAGGACAUCAAGUUCUCAGCAAUGAGUCCGGAGUUUGGGGAGUACGGGAGGCUUCUAAAAGAGGAAGUCAGAAAGGCAGAUGUGAUAUUCUGUUGCACGCCUUCUAUCGACCCACUGUUUCCGGCGGAGUUUUUGACAUCCAGAGAAGGCCAAAGAAAGGGUCGGUAUAUAUCUGCCAUCGGCUCCUACGCGCCACACAUGUGUGAGAUCCACCCGGACGUGUUCAAAGCAGCUGUACAACCUGAUCACGGACACCACCACCAUAAGCAUGCGAAACAGGGUGGAGUCAUCGUCGUGGACAGCCUAGAAUCGUCGCUGAAGGAGGCGGGGGAAAUCAUUCAGGCGAAAUUGAAACCGGAGCAUCUGGUUGAGAUAGGGGAGCUCGUCAUGAUCAAGAAGGCGGCCACCAAAGAAAUUGACGCUGGGGGGCCAGGAGAGCAAGGUCUAUUGGAUUGGCUGAUCAGAGGGAAUGUUAUCUACAAGAGUGUGGGAAUGGGGCUGAUGGAUUUGGUUGUUGGAGGCGACGUGAUUAGACUGGCGAAAGAACGUGACAUUGGAACGACAAUUGAGGACUUCUAA